AUUAUAAUUUUACACUUUUAAGCAACGUUGCUUAGGGACGCUGGUAAAAUUAAAGAAGAAACACAAUUUCACACCACGGCAGAGGAAACAAUAAUUUAAUUGCGAAAUUUUUUUUUGCGAUUUCCAGUUCAAUAAGCAUUGAAAAAUAGUUGGAGUAAAUUGCGCGAAUAAUUUUUACAGCAUUUUCGCCUUAAGUGCCGAUUUUGUGUUCGGUUUUUCUAUUUCUUCGCAUAUUAUAUAUUUUUAAGGCGAAUAGAAGAAGCACAAAGCAUACAGACUGUAGAAAAAGGCGUCUUACUUAAAUCGGAAUUUGUUUGCUAAAAAGAAAAAAGAACAACUCACACCCACGUGCAUUUAUUUCUGAAAAAAUACCGGGACAAGAUUAACGCGGACAGUACAAGACGUCGGAGAGAACGUUGCUUUUACUAUAAGGCAAUGGCGAUGCUUUCGACAGAUGAAGCCAGCAAAUUGCUGGAUUUCUCACAAAAGCUUGAUAUUAAUCUUCUCGACCGCAUAGUCGAAUGUUUAUAUACAUCGCAGGGUGAGCAGCUUCGUUUGGCCCAAGAUAUACUUACCACGCUUAAGGAGCAUCCUGAUGCAUGGACGCGUGUAGAUAGUAUUUUGGAGUUUUCACAAAAUCAACAGACUAAAUACUACGCAUUACAAAUUUUAGAGGAAGUAAUAAAAACGCGUUGGAAAAUUCUACCCCGCAAUCAGUGCGAGGGUAUCAAAAAAUAUGUUGUCGGUCUUAUAAUAAAAACGUCCUCGGACGCUGCUACUAUGGAAGCGAACAAGGUUUAUUUAAAUAAGUUGAACAUAAUAUUGGUGCAAAUAUUGAAGCGUGAGUGGCCACGCAACUGGGAAACCUUUAUUAGUGACAUUGUUGGCGCUUCAAAGACCAAUGAAUCAUUAUGCAAGAACAAUAUGAUUAUAUUGAAAAAUCUUAGUGAAGAAGUUUUUGAUUUUUCCUCCGGUCAAAUAACACAAACUAAAGCAAAACAUUUAAAGGACACUAUGUGUUCAGAAUUUUCUCAAAUAUUUCAGCUUUGCUCCUUUGUCCUUGAAAGUUCAAUGAAUGCUCCGCUUAUACAGGUUACACUUGAAACUUUAUUGCGUUUCCUCAAUUGGAUACCAUUGGGUUACAUUUUCGAGACAACGUUGAUCGAAACUCUUAUUUUUAAAUUUCUUAGCGUUCCGAUGUUUAGAAAUGUUACUCUUAAAUGUUUAUCGGAGAUUGCUGGCCUCACUGUUCCAGAUUACAACGAAAAUUUUGCAAAUCUUUUUAAAGAUACUAUGACACAGUUGGAUCAGAUGAUCAGUCAAAAUUCAAGCAUGAAUCAUAUUUAUGCCAAUGGUUGCGAUAGCGAACAAGAAUUCGUUCAAAAUUUGGCAAUGUUUUUAUGCACUUUCCUUAAAGAGCACGGAAAACUGGUGGAAGAUGUGAAAUAUGUCGAUUAUUUAAACCAAGCAUUACUUUACUUGGUGAUGAUAUCUGAAGUUGAAGAUGUUGAAGUAUUUAAAAUAUGCUUAGAGUAUUGGAACAGUUUGGUAGAAGACUUAUAUACAAGCGAGUCUUUCGGAGGUGGCUCUAACGUUCAUUUAGGACAAACUCUAGCCAGACGCAACGCUGCUUUUCCGCGACGUCGAUUCUAUUCAGAAAUAUUAUCAAAAGUACGAUACAUUAUGAUAUCACGCAUGGCUAAACCAGAAGAAGUUCUUGUUGUUGAGAAUGAAAACGGAGAAGUGGUCCGCGAAUUCAUGAAAGACACUAACGCCAUUAAUUUGUAUAAAAAUAUGCGUGAAGCAUUAGUGUUUUUGACACAUUUGGAUUAUGGUGAUACCGAACGAAUAAUGACAAUGAAACUCUUAAAUCAGGUCAACGGCACUGAAUUUUCGUGGAAAAAUUUAAAUACGUUGUGCUGGGCAAUCGGUUCCAUAUCAGGUGCUUUUUGCGAAGAGGAUGAGAAACGUUUUUUGGUGACCGUAAUUAAAGAUCUACUGGGCUUAUGCGAACAAAAAAAGGGGAAAGAUAAUAAAGCCAUUAUUGCGUCGAAUAUUAUGUACGUUGUAGGACAGUAUCCACGAUUUUUAAGAGCUCAUUGGAAGUUUCUUAAAACAGUUGUAAAUAAACUUUUCGAAUUUAUGCAUGAGACUCAUGACGGUGUCCAGGAUAUGGCAUGCGACACUUUUAUUAAAAUUGCUAUCAAGUGCAGGCGAUAUUUUGUAACAAUACAACCAAAUGAGGCUUGCACGUUUAUUGAUGAAAUCUUAAGUACUAUGAGUAGCAUUAUUUGUGAUUUACAACCGCAACAGGUUCACACAUUCUAUGAAGCUGUAGGAUAUAUGAUAUCCGCCCAAGUUGAUCAAGUUCAACAAGAUAUAUUAAUCGAGAAAUAUAUGUUUUUACCCAACCAAGUAUGGGAUGAAAUAAUUUCUCGUGCAUCGAAAAAUGUUGAUUUCCUCAAAAAUAUGACUGCCGUAAAGCAAUUGGGAAGCAUUUUGAAAACGAACGUUGCCGCCUGCAAAGCUCUCGGUCACGCUUACGUUAUACAGUUGGGUCGUAUUUAUUUAGAUAUGUUAAACGUUUAUAAGAUUACUUCAGAGAAUAUUAUUCAAGCUAUUGAAGUUAAUGGCGUGAAUGUAAACAACCAACCACUUAUAAAAGCAAUGCAUGUUGUGAAAAAGGAAACGCUUAAUCUUAUAUCUGAAUGGGUUUCUCGAUCAAACGACAAUCAACUUGUAAUGGAUAGUUUUAUACCACCAUUGCUGGAUGCUAUUCUCUUGGAUUACCAGCGUUGCAAAGUACCGUCAGCUAGAGAGCCAAAAGUUCUUAGUUCUAUGGGUGUCAUUGUAUACAAACUACGAAACGAUAUUACAAAUGAGGUCCCCAAAAUAUUUGAUGCUGUUUUCGAGUGUACUCUUGAUAUGAUCAACAAAAACUUUGAAGAUUACCCUCAACAUCGUGUUAGCUUUUAUGAACUUUUGCAAGCUGUUAACGCCCAUUGCUUCAAAGCUUUUCUAAACAUACCACCAGCACAAUUUAAACUUGUUUUUGAUUCUGUUGUUUGGGCUUUUAAGCACACCAUGCGUAAUGUUGCCGAUACUGGACUUAACAUUUUAUACAAGAUGUUACAAAAUUUGGAGCAACAUCCAACUGCAGCACAGAGUUUUUAUCAGACAUAUUUUACAGAUAUUUUAAUGCAGAUUUUUUCAGUGGUUACUGAUACUUCUCACACAGCUGGUCUUGGAAAUCAUGCAAUCAUAUUGGCAUACAUGUUUUCGUUGGUCGAAAAUAAUAAAAUAACUGUGAAUUUGGGUCCCAUUCCAGAUAAUACUAUUUUCAUUCAAGAAUAUGUGGCCUCAUUGCUCAAAUCGGCAUUCAGUCAUUUAACUGACAACCAAAUCAAAGUCUUUGUUACGGGACUUUUUAAUCUAGACGAAAAUGUACAAGCAUUUAAAGAGCAUUUGAGAGACUUCUUAAUUCAAAUUAGAGAAGUUACCGGAGAAGAUGAUUCGGACUUAUAUUUGGAGGAACGAGAAGCCGCACUUCGGGAGGCACAGGCUAAUAAAAUGCAAAUGCAACGUAAUAUACCUGGAAUGUUGAAUCCACAUGAAUUGCCAGAGGACAUGCAGGAUGAAUAAUUUAAUUUUGAAUUCGUUCAUGUUCUGCUUUAAAGUAAAAAACAAAAUCAGAGAAUUGAAAUUGAAUAUAAAUUACGUGACACUUUUGAAUAAUUCUAAAUAUUGUUUAUAUAUGAUAUUUGUCGAAGUUUGAAUGUAUAAGGAUUACUAAACUAUUAUUACUACUACACUUCAGCCAGCAUCAUCGUAUAAUAUCACUCCUUUCAUACAAUACAUACAUACAUAUAAUUAUAUAAAUUACAUUUAUUAUUAGAAGAUCACAUAACAUUAACGUACGUCGGCCGCAAAUGUGAAUCAAAGAAAAGUGAAAAUGUAUUUGGUUUGAUUGUUUGCGUUUUCUUUUUAUUUUUUUUUUUUUUUUUGUUUUUAUAUACAUACAUAUAUAUUUUUGUUGUUUUUCUAUAAACUUAAAGUUAGUUUGUACAUUUUAAAAUAAAUUCAAAGAAUUAAUGAAACUCUUUUACAAAAAUUCAAAGGAUAAAAAAGAAAUAAUUAAGAUAUAAAUAAGAAUAGAAAAAUAAAGGAAUAAAAAACAAUCAACAAUCAACUUUCCAAAUCAAAUGUAUGUAGUAUUGUACAUUGUUAAUUAUGCGUUAAUAGAAUAAACUACUCAAUUUACCACUAUAUUUUAGCAACAUAAAACAAUUACAUAUUUGUAUGUGACCCAAUGAUUUAAUAUACAUAUAAAUAUCUUUUUUUAGAACAGUUUGAAUGCGUUUUUAGUAUAGUUUUUAAUGUACGUAUGAAUGUAUGUUUUGGUAUUUAUCUGUAGUAAUUGAAACAUUAAACUAAACAAAAAAACUGAUUAUUAAAUAUGAAUAUAGAAUGAAGUUGUACAACAAUGCCAAUUAAUUAAUAAAAUGUUGGAUCCAUAACAACCCGGAGAUGUAAA